AUGGUGGCUUGUCUCAGUGGGCUGGACGAGUGGCUGGCAGCCGCAAAACUCCACGGAGACACUACAUUUGAAGAGCCGAAUGUUCCCCACUCAUGUCGAGCCCAGAAGUCAAAUUCGUCACAGAUAUAUUUGGUACUUCUUGUUUGGGACCCAUCUCAGGAUAAGGCAAACCAGAGAUGCUGUUGUUGGGCGCGUAGAGCGGUUUCGGCAUCCGUUUCAGUGAGACAAGGCAUACUUUUUUUUCCUCAAGUUACUAGGCGGUUUUCAUCCGAGGUUGAAGAAUCGUCGGAAAAACAAACCCCCAGAAACCAUCUUAUCAAGAUCGAGUGGCUGCCGGUUGUCUCACCUCUUCCGCUUCCCCUUUUGCCUUUCCCCUUCCUAUUUCUGCUUUUGGUGUCUCGUGCACCCAAGCGAGGUGGCGAAUCUCGUGAAUUUCUGCGCGAGAGCAGCCCAUCCUGGUAUUUAUUAUCCGACAACUCACCCAAAUCCCCGUUCUUCCUGUUCGUCUUAAAUUACCACCUUGCACCUCACGAUGCUUUUGCCGCCCUAUCGACAGCCUUUCCAGACGAGAACGAUCUUUCCUCUACUGAAUGUCUGGCCCACUGGCUAGCCUGUAAGAAUACCUCAUCAAACUACACCCGACUAUAUGUAUUGUUAUACUCUCACUUGGCUCUGUUCUGUUUAUUGCUUUUCCCUCCUGAUGCAUGCGGUCCUUUGUUCUCCAAUAUGUUAAUACGAUUAUCCUCGUGCUCUUCCAAAAGAAUGUACCGCGGGAUAUCUCCGUUGCGCUCCGCCAGCCGUACCACUGUUCCAGACUUUGAUGGAAUAAGGUUCUCCCCUGCGAACUCUACCAGACAUCUUGAUAUAACCUACCAUUCUCCACAAACAUCAUACGAAGACAUUUCCGUUCCCGGCACGCUGGCUACAAGUUACAACGUUGUUUCUGUCCUAUCAUCUUUAUCAGUCCUCAUCUCAUCGUUGGUUUCAGGAAAGGACCAUUCUCCCUCCUCCAAUGAUCCGGGAGGAAAAACCAGAGGUCAAGUGAUCCGCUACUCUGAAAAGGCAUUCUAUCGCGGGAGUCAAAGAUUCCAAUCACUAAUUCUUACUGCACCUCCCCACUUACCUGAGAACAUGAAUAGGAUAGAGUACGAUGUAAAUCUGUAUGCCAAACUACGUAUGUCAUCUUCAACUAGUGGUGAGUUACAAGUGAGAAUUUUCUUAACAAUCACAACCUCUAUAGAAUCUCCAAUGUCGUUUCCCUUAUCUUCAAGUACACGUAGGAAACUGGCAUGCCGAGGCCAAUCUUUGCACGUAGAUGGUCGCAUAGCCGCUAUCGCGGAGAAGCUUCGCACUGAAGCUAAUAUCGUGGAGCCAAAACUCGCUCUCAUACAUGAGGGGGUGAAUGAGCUGAAAAUGGCGAACAAGGCGCUCGAGGAAAAGAAUAUCAAGCUUGAGAUCGAUGUGGCGGGAAAGACGACGUUAAUCAUUCAGCUUGAGGACGCUCUUCACAAAAUCAAGAUUCGUGCGAGAGAGGCUGAAAAGGGGAAAUAUUUGACUAAGAAGAAGGUAGCAGAGUUGGCAUCCUGGGUGCAAGAAGCUAAUCUUGAGAAGUUUAGGCUCGAAGAGGAAUUCGAGAAAGCCCUUGCGCAGGAACGAGCAGGCAGCCAGAAAAUUGAGCAUGGCUUGGAAGCUAGGUUCGACUAUGUGGACUGGGAGAGGGCUGAGAAUGCGAACAGGUUUCCGGAUGUUGGAGAGCAAGAUCAAAAGGAUGAAGGAGUUUCUGGGAUAAGCUACCAAAGUAGUUGGGUGGCUGAGAGCCUCGUGAGGCCAUAUGACAGCAUGACACAUUCUAACUGGCAUAAUAAUUUCCGAUUUGCAAGUGGGACGUACAGUUUAGGGCUGCAUCUGAACCGUCCCAACAAUAAGACAAACCAUUUUCACUCACUUUCUGGAUCACCCCCUAAGAUACUUGCGCACCAAACGGAAAGGAACCGAAUCUUCUCACCCCUUACCUUACCAUAUUUCGUGAGACACAAAAAUCAUCCAAGGUAUUGUCUUAAAACAAAAUCUAAGGUCGUCCCCAUGCACACCAACCCCUUAUCUCCCUUAUCCUACCAUGACCCUCACUCGUUCCAUUCUCUCACCGCACAAACGGCCGCGUUAAACUCCACCUCAACAACUUCUCCACCUUAA